AUGAAGCGCUAUUAUUCCAAAGCAUCCCCCACAGUAGAUGUUCCAUCUUCAUCAGUGAAUGAACAUCCUCAAAUAUUAUCGAAGGAAGUGAACAUUGGAGUUGAUUCCCCACCUCAAGCAUCAACAAAGGGAAUGGAUAUUGAAAUCGAUUUAGAAAAUCUUCCAAGUGAUCCAGGACUACGACCUGAUAUAAUGAGUUAUCCACCAAAUUUAAUUGAGCAGAUUGAUUAUCGUUGUAGAUUGAAUGCUUCGGUUGUUUGUCUUCGCUAUCUUAUUAUGCAAGGUUUAGCUUUUCGAGGAAAUGAUGAGUCGGAAAGAUCCUUAAAUCAAGGAAAUUUUAUUGAGCUUUUGAAACUGCAUGUUUCCAGUUUGAGAGGUCAAGGAUAUGAUGGUGCAAUUGGUGGUUCUUGUAAGCGCAGAGAUAUGCUUCGAGAGAAUCAAAGAGAAAAAAUCAUUGAAGGUAUUGCAAAUGGUGAAAUUAAGACGGGAAGAGGAUUAAAUCAAGAGAUGGAAUUGAAGCGGCCUGGGGAUACUCGUUGGAGUUCUCAUUAUGGUACUCUUAUCAACCUAAUGCAUUUAUUUUCUUCUAUUAUUGAUGUUCUUGAGUACGUUGGGAAGAAUGGAAAUGAUGAUGCACAGAGGGCUGAAGCCAUUGAUUUGUUAGAAGUUAUGAAUCGCUUUGAGUUUGUGGCAAAAGCACGUUUGCAAGCAAUGAGAGAUGAUGGUUGGGAGAUUUUGUUGACUGAAGUGUCUAAGUUUUGUAGCACACAUGAGAUAAUUAUGCUUGAUAUGGAAGAUGAAUAUGUAGCUCGAGGAAGAGGAAGACGUAGAGUUGAAAAAAUGACCAAUCUCCAUCAUUAUCGAGUUGAGUUAUUUUAUUCUGUGAUCGACAUGCAAGUUCUAGAGUUAAAUCAACGUUUUGAUGAAGUCAACACAGAGUUACUUUUAUGCAUGGCAUGCUUGGAUCCUAGAGAUUCAUUUUCUGCAUUUGAUGUCAAGAAGCUGGUUCGCCUUGCAAAGCUUUACCCAUCUGAAUUUUCUGAAGUAACUUUGUAUGAACUUGAAAGUCAGCUGGAGAACUUUAUUUUUGAUGUGCGCUUAGAUGAAAAGUUCUCAGAAUUAUCAGGGAUUGGAGGUCUGGCUCAAAAGAUGGUUUCUACAAGAAAGCAUGAAGUUUUUCCGUUAGUUUAUCUGUUAAUCAAGUUGUCAUUGGUUCUACCAGUUGCUACUGCUACAGUAGAAAGAGCUUUUUCAGCUAUGAAGUUCAUAAAGAGUGCUCUACGCAAUCGCAUGGGAGAUAAGUUGUUGAAUGAUUGUCUGAUAUCUUACAUCGAAAAGGAUGUAUUUGUAAAUGUUACCAAUGAAGCAAUUAUGCAGCGGUUUCAAAACAUGAAAAAUAGAAGGGAAAUGCUAUAA